AUGCCUAAAGUUCUCAUUAUCGGUGCCACUGGCUACCUCGGCAGCAGAGUCUGCAGCGUCCUCGUCAAUAGCGGCCAACAUAGAGUCUUCGGCAUCGCUCGCAAUCAAGUCAAAGCCAAGUCUCUAGCCGUCGCCGAAGUCACCCCCAUCAUCUGCCCCGACCCUAUCAACAAGCCAGACUCUUACCUCGACGCCAUUCGUAACUUCAACAUUGAUAUAGUUGCUGAUGUCUCUGGAGCAAAUCAAGAGUCUGCAAAGUUCCUUGCUGAUGUAAAAACCGUCGGUCAAAAGCGUUUGAGCAAGGCCAAAGCGGCUGGUCUCACACACGUUCCGAAACUCGGGUUCAUUUACUGCUCGGGAACUUGGGUCCACGGAUCGAGUGACGAGCAAGUCAAUGAUCUAGACAUUGUUGGACCUGAUGCCGCCACACCACCUGCACCUCUUGUUGCAUGGCGUGUGGCCCAUGAAAACGCUGUUCUGGAUGCUUCUGACGUCCUCGACGUGGCAGUUCUACGCCCGGCACUCAUCUACGGUGGCGAGAGUACUAUUUGGACCGCCUUCAUUCUCCCACUCCUUAAAGCCUCCCGAGAUGGAUCCUUAGACACUAUCCAGAUUCCAUUGAGCGUUAACUCCCGGCCUGGGCUUGUCCACGUUAGCGAUGUCGCGACUGGUUUCCAGAAGGCUAUAGAGAAACUUCCCCUUAUCAACAAUACCUCGGUCUGUCCUGUGUUUGACCUUGUGACUAGUCAGGAGAGCAUGUCGGAGAUCUUUAGAGCUCUGGCAUCCCACUGGGGAUUCAAAGGACGCUGUGAGUUGGUAGGACCAGGCGACGAUUUGUUCGCGGAAGCGAUGGGAACUAGUCUGCGCGGUUCUUCUAAUCGGGCGAGGCAGCUAUUAGGCUGGACACCAACUAGAUUGAACGGUUUUGUCGGCGAUAUGGAUAUUUAUGCUGAUGCAUUUGCCUCUCAGUAUUAG